AUGGAAGAUUACGCCACAACCAAUAGUGCGGCCAGCAACUACGAGAUUGUCACGGGCUUUUGGACCAACUGGUCCCGUGGAUUGGUUUUCGGACAAACUCUCACUCUCACACGGCGGGAUGGAGAUCUUCUCAUCGCUUUCAUUGCACUCUUCGUUACCAUUGUCGGCACCAGCUUCUGGAGGAUCGUAUGCUUCGGACUCCAUACCACCUUCUCCACGGACUCUACCCGCGAUGGCGUCUACCACCAACGCCAGGCCAUCCUACGCAACUCUGCGAAUGGAGCAAGUGGGUUAUGCCGUUUCGCAAGCGCCAUGUGGGCGUGGCGGAACCGAGACUCCAAGCCGUUCCGCCGGAUAGGACCUCUCAUUGUCUUCACCACACUCUUUAUAUUCGCCUUCGGCGUGGCCUCCGGCUUCUCAUCCAAGGUCUCAACGGGCGUCGGCAACGAGGUGCUCAUCCAGACGCCUGAUUUCGGCAUCAGCGUAGGGAAGAACCUCACGUGGGCCCAGACUCUCAAGAUCUGGUAUCCCUUGUACUCGCGCACCGUGCUGUCACAUUCGACGUACGCACAGCAGUGCUACACGAACGACACGAGCACGGCCAACUGCAACAAGUACGUCAAGCCGAGGCUAGACGCCCGCAUCCAGCGCAACGCGUCGUGUCCCUUCGACGCCGACAUGUGCAAGCUCUCCGACCAGAACGUCUUGCUCGACACGGGACUGCUGGACUUCAAUGACGACUUUGGCGUGAACCUCCCUCCGAAGUGGCGCUUCCAAUACCGACAAACCAUGCACUGUGCACCAAUAGUGACGGACGGCUACAAGGAGGCCUUUCCGGAGAAGAAUGAGACGUGGUACGGUGAUAAAGAACGGACAUGGAAGAAACCGGCGCACACGGUGUACUACUACGGCCAGGCGCCGUUCGAGAACUUGACGAACGCGACUUACGAGUAUCAGACCGAUAUUCCGGACAUGACCGUGAAGCUGAACACCGCGCCGGCGUUCUACAGCCUCGGGACACGUCAGGUGUAUGGAUCCAACGGGACUAUAAUCCCUGAAUCCGCCUUCGAUCCCAUGCCUGCUCUCCGGCGUCCAGAUGCGGACAUGGUGCUCGUCUUCCUCUCAGCCAACGAGAUUGCCUACAUCGGCCCUGUGGACGACCCCUGGUACUCAGCGAACGCCAAAUAUUCCCAGGUGAAAGAAUACGAGAACGAGCACCCAGGCAAAAUCUGGGCCUACUACCGCGACGAGCCGGCGUCGGUGCUCGGCUGCGUGAUACAAAAACAAAUCUGCAACCCGCGCAUGGCAGAGGACAAGCGCUGCACGCCGUUGGGCCCGACCGCGGACCUGUCCCAGAACCUCGCAGCGAUCGUCGAGGGCGACGGCGAGGCGUGGUGGCUGAAGCAGCUGACCAAGCUGCUCCUCGUCACGCUGCCGGAGCUCUGGGAUAUUAUCAACACGCUGGGUAGCUCGUCUUUGAGCGCGUCGUUCAGCCUUACGAAUGGCGUGCAGGCGGUGUUGCCGUCGGAUCAGUGGCAGCGCGAUGUCGAGCGGUGGCACUCGAUCAUGAUGGCGACGCUGCAGGGCAGUGCGGUCGAGGUGGCCGAGGGCCCGUCGGCGCCGGAGUUGCGUGCGGAGCUGCAGAAACCGACCAACAGUUGGGAAAGGGCGCUUUGUAGACGUCAGAAAAUCCUCUCUACCGCCCACAGCAAUUUCUCCGUCUUCGGUCUCGCUUUCAUCUUCGUCACCGGCGGCCUCGCGAUUCUCGUUUCCUGGCUUCUUGAGCCCAUCAUCGCUUUCGUCCAGCGACGCCGUAAGCUCGACUCGUACGCGCGCCUUGAGUGGUGCACCAACGAGACACUUCAGCUGCAACGGCUGGCGCAUGAGGAGCUCGGCAUGGGGACCUGGUCGAAGUGCGAUGGGGAUGUGCCGGUGACGGAGAAAGGGGAACGGCUGGCGGUGCUGGAUCUGACAGACGUGACGCAUCCAAGGCUGAAAGCGAGGCCGAUGGGAUGGGAGGAAAUUGUGGCGCAAGGGCCUGUUGGAAGCACGGUAGAGACUAAUGACACGGGGAGUAGCACGGAAAAAGACGAUAGCAGCUGUAAGGGGAAAGGGGCGAGAGUCGAUGUCGAGGAGAUCAACUCGCCUUUGAGUUCGUCUGCGUCGGGCAGUGAUGACCGGCUCACUCUGGCCGAGGCUAGCUCUUUAUCAUCGUCCCUGGACAACCGUCAUAUAGGCAACUGUCGACUCGAAGAUGGGAGAGAUGGGACGUAA